AUGGUUGAAUACGAAUCUACAUCAGAUACCGAUUUAUUGCUGGCAGGCGGCGACAACAAUGCCCUUACCAAACUUCGAACAUACUUGAUCAAUAAUUCAAAUAGAUCACGUUUAGAUCUUCGUCCAUUAGCCCAUGCUCGAGUUGUCAGAGAGCGAAAUUUAUCAGGAUAUAUAGCUCAUUUAUCGACAUUGCGAGAAAGUCGUUGGGUAAGCGAAACAAAAGCACCGUACUUCGGUGAUGAAGUUAUAGCACAUCGUGCACUAGGCAACAUUUGGGAUGAUUAUCAGUUCGAUCAACCAACCACAACUCUACUGGACGGAGGCAAAUUCAAGGAAAUGGUUUAUGAUUUGAAAGAGACACAACAUCGAGAACCAUGUUCGAAAUGUCAAAGUCUCGGACAAAUCAAGUGUCGAGAAUGUUUCGGUUUUGGUGAUUAUGCCUGUGAAAAAUGCCAACAAGGUAGAAUUGAGUGUUGUCAGUUUACACUCUGCCGUAGAUGCAUGGGUGAAGGUUCUUAUAUAUGUGAUAAAUGUAUGGGAAGGAUGAGAAUUAUUUGUUCGACAUGCCUUACUCGUGGCUAUAUUCCAUGUCCUGAUUGUGCUGGCCUUCGCUUCGUUCUCGUUUGGACAAAACUACACAUUAGAUGGGAAAAUCAUGAAUCAGUAGUGGCUCUAAAUGGUGGUAAUAGUAACAUUCUUCCUAUUUCAGUAUUAAAAAAUUCAUCUGAAAAAUCUAUUUGUUUUCAAUUUGAUGAUAAAUGGAAUACAACACAAACGAUCAAUAAUAUAUUUGAUACUUGUUGGGGAUUGUCUCACGAAUUGCAGGCUAACAUUUGUAAAAGUUUUCAAACGCAACACAAUGAUAAAUCGGGAAGAAUUAUUCGACUAUUUUGUAUGAUUGAAUGGCUUCAUAUAAAACAAAUAGAUUAUACAUUCGGCCAGAAACCAGGCAAUAUAUAUACAUUUUGUUUGUAUGGUGAUCACGAAAAUGAAGUUUAUGAUAAUCAAUAUCCAUACAAGAGCGGUGGUGGCGGAUGUGGAUGCACAGUGUUAUAA